AUGGAUGCCAAGAAGGGGGGAGGCUUACCUUACCCACCUCCACUGACUAAUGACAAUUAUACCUCAUGGUCUGUAAAGAUGAAAGCCCUGCUUCAGAAUCAGAGGUUUUUUGGGGUGAUUGAUAACCCCAUCCCUGCUGCACCAACGCCAGGUUGGAAUUCACAGAAUGUGAGAGCCAGGACGGCCAUAAUUCUGUGUAUCUCAGAUGAUCAACUCGUGCAUAUUCAGGAUUUGGAAUACGCGC